CAGAAUUUUUUCAUAUAUGGGAUUUGGAUACAAGACCUUUGAUUAGGGAGUACUAGCUCAUCCACCACACCCCUUUCAAAGAUCCUUGUCAUUUGAAAAAUUAAACAAAUCUCAAAACCCUAAACCCCUCAUCAGCCAAUUACAGAACACUGCUAAGCUUACUGCACGCUCUACGUUUCCUUUGUGUGACUAUUAUGCAAACACCUCGUCUCCAUUCCUCAUUUUCUUCUCCUUCCCUAAACCCUAACCACAAAUGUUUCACUGAAAUUAAUCUUUAGGCAUAUCACCACCAUGCCCAUGCCCAUGCCUUACACUAACCUUAUUCAAUUGAGGCUCAAGGCCACUCAAUUUCUGGCCACCAUGUCUUCCACCACUUGUCUCCAAUUUUGUCCAAAUCGUUUCCACUUUAAUAAAACUAACACUUUCCCUCAAUCCAUAGUAGUACCUCACAAACGUUGCCUUCAUGCAAGUGUUGGAUUUUUUUGCUCAGCUAAAGGCUCUUCUUCUUCGUCGUCUGUUGUGUUGAGGCGGAAAAGACAUGGUCGUCCUUCUUCUUCGUCAUAUUCUCCGUAUUUAUAUCAGCAGAAUUUAGGGUAUGGGCGGUUUGCUUAUGAUGAGUAUGAGUCUGAGUCCGACUCUGAUAGAGAAAUUGACUCCUCUAAUAAGCAACUGGGUGAGUCAACCCUUCAUAACAUUGAAGAAUGGAGGUGGAAGCUAAGCAUGCUAAUGCGAAAAAAAGAUGACCAAGAGGUCGUCUCACGGGACAAAAAGGACCGCCGUGAUUUUGAGCAUAUAUCAGCUCUGGCAACUAGAAUGGGUUUACACUGCCGCCAGUAUGAAAAAGUAGUUGUGUGUAGCAAAGACCCAUUGCCAAAUUAUAGGCCAGAUUUGGAUGUUAAGCGGCCACAGAGAGAGGUAGUGUUGCCUUACGGAUUGCAAAGUAGGGUAGGUGAUCUUCUUGAAGCACAUCUUUCUAAAAAGUCAGUAAACCAGGAAAAUGUUGCACAAAAUGCUUCUUUGAGAGGAAGCAAAGACAGCAAUUCUCCCAAUGAUAAAGGGCUUUAUGACAAUGAGAAGCCAUUUGCACGAAAUGUUGUUGCGGAGAGAAUUCUCAUGCGAAGGAGCUUGUUGAUGCGUAAUAAACAAGAAGAUUGGCAGGGAUCUCCAGAAGGCCAGAAGAUGCGAGAACUUCGAAGAAAUCUCCCUGCGUAUAAAGAGAGAGAGGCAUUGCUUAGAGCCAUUUCUGAGAAUCAGGUGGUAGUCGUGUCUGGGGAAACUGGAUGCGGUAAGACUACCCAAUUGCCUCAGUACAUUUUAGAAGCUGAGAUAGAAGCUGCUCGUGGAGCUACUUGCAAUAUUAUUUGUACUCAACCAAGGAGAAUAUCUGCUAUGUCUGUGGCUGAAAGAGUUGCUGCUGAGCGUGGGGAGAAUCUGGGAGAAUCUGUGGGCUAUAAGGUUCGGCUCGAGGGCAUGAGAGGAAGGGAUACCCGCCUCUUAUUUUGCACCACUGGCAUUCUUCUGAGGAGAUUACUGCUUGAUAGAAAGUUGGAAGGUGUCACUCACGUUAUUGUAGACGAGAUUCAUGAACGCGGAAUGAAUGAAGAUUUCCUUUUAAUUGUCCUUAAAGAUCUCCUUCUCCGUCGACCUGAAUUGAGGCUGAUUCUGAUGAGUGCUACUCUUAAUGCUGAGCUCUUCUCUUCCUAUUUUGGCGGUGCUCCAAUGAUCCAUAUUCCUGGUUUUACUUAUCCAGUCCGAAGUCAUUUUCUGGAAAAUAUCCUGGAAAUGACUAGAUACCGUUUAACUCCAUAUAAUCAAAUUGAUAAUUAUGGUCAAGACAAGAUGUGGAAAAUGCAGAAACAGCAGACUAUUAAGAAGAGGAAGACCCAAAUUGCUUCAGAUGUUGAGGAAGCGCUAGAAGCAGCUGAUUUUGGGCAGUAUAAUCCUCUGACUCGGGAUUCACUAUCCUGUUGGAAUCCUGAUUCAAUUGGUUUCAACCUCAUUGAGAAUGUGCUUUGUCACAUAUGUAGAAACGAAAGGCCUGGUGCUGUGUUGGUUUUUAUGACUGGUUGGGAUGACAUUAAUGCUGUGAAGGACCAGCUGCAUGCUCAUCCACUGUUGGGGGAUCCAAGCAGAGUUUUGCUGCUUGCAUGCCAUGGUUCCAUGGCCAGUGCGGAGCAGAAAUUGAUUUUUGAGAAGCCAGAAGAUGGAAUCAGGAAAAUUGUGUUAGCUACCAACAUGGCUGAAACAAGUAUCACCAUAAAUGACGUGGUUUUUGUGGUCGACUGUGGAAAGGCAAAAGAGACAUCUUAUGAUGCAAUCAACAACACUCCAUGUUUGCUUCCUUCUUGGAUUUCAAAAGCUUCUGCUCGACAAAGAAAAGGAAGAGCUGGCCGUGUUCAAUCUGGGGAGUGUUAUCAUCUCUAUCCUAGAUGUGUAUUUGAAGCUUUUGCAGAUUAUCAACUGCCAGAGCUUCUGAGAACACCUUUACAGUCCCUAUGUCUACAGAUUAAAAGCUUACAACUUGGAAGUAUUUCAGACUUUCUAUCCAAGGCAAUUCAGUCACCAGAACCACUAUCUGUUCAAAAUGCUAUUGAGUAUUUGAAGACAAUAGGGGCUUUAGAUGAAAAUGAAAAUCUGACAGUACUUGGACACAACUUAUCAAUGCUUCCAGUUGAGCCAAAACUGGGGAAAAUGAUAAUAUUAGGUGCAGUAUUCAACUGCCUGGAUCCAGUUCUUACAGUUGUUGCUGGUUUAAGUGCUAGAGACCCAUUUUUAAUGCCAUUUGACAAAAAGGAUCUUGCUGAGUCUGCCAAAGCCCAGUUUUCUGCUCGUGACUUCAGUGAUCAUCUUGCUCUUGUUCGAGCUUAUGAAGGCUGGAAAGAUGCUGAAAGGCAGCAAUCUGGUCAUGAGUACUGUUGGAGAAAUUUCCUUUCUGCGCAAACUCUCAGAGCGAUGGACUCCCUCCGCAAGCAAUUUUUGCAUUUGCUUAAGGACAUCGGUUUAGUUGAUAGCUUUCAGAGUUGUAAUGCCUGGAGUAAUGAUCAAAAUCUGGUUCGAGCGAUUAUAUGUGGUGGGUUAUUCCCUGGCAUAUGCUCUGUUGUGAACAAGGAGAAGUCAAUCUCACUGAAAACAAUGGAGGAUGGUGGAGUCCUUUUGUACUCUAACUCUGUCAAUGCCCAAGAACCUAGGAUUCCAUACCCAUGGCUUGUCUUCAACGAAAAAGUUAAAGUGAAUUCAGUAUUCCUGCGAGAUUCUACAGCUGUAUCUGAUUCUGUGGUACUCUUAUUUGGCGGAAGCAUUUUUGGAAAAGCUCUAGAUGGACACUUGAUGAUGCUUGGAGGAUACUUGGAGUUUUUCAUGAGCCCCUCACUGGCAAAUACUUAUGUAAGCUUGAAGAGGGAGCUUAAUGAACUUGUCCAUAAGAAACUCUCGGACCGUAAUUUUGAUAUAGGCAGUCAUGGUGAGCUAUUAGAAGCUGUUAGAUUACUGGUGUCGGAGGAUCAAUGUGAAGGUAAAUUUGUUUUUGGUCGUAAACCAACCCCAAAGAAGUCUGCAAAGGAGUUACAGAAAACCAUCAUUCCAACGAAGGGCAGUGGUGGUGAAAAUCCGAAGUCUCAUCUCCAGACGUUGCUUCUUCGGGCUGGCCACCAAUCACCCAAUUACAAGACAACACAACUAAAAAAUAAUAAGUUCCGCUCCACUGUAAUAUUCAAUGGGUUGAAUUUUGCUGGCCAGCCUAGCAGUAGUAAGAAGGAAGCUGAAAAAGAUGCAGCUGCUGAAGCUCUGCAGUGGUUGACUGGUGAGACCCAAUCGUCUUCUAAAGCUGUUGAACAUAUGUCAGCACUUUUGAAGAAAAGCAAGAGUAAGAAACAACUUCAUAGUACAAAAUGGAGGUAAUUGUCUGCAUAAGUUAGGGUCACUAACCUGACAGUCCCGCGGAUGAAGAGGUUCUUGCGGGCAUUAUUUUUCUUGGUUGAACAAGGAUAAGUUAUUUUUGGCAAAGAAGAUGCAGCUUGAAGGUUGUAUAUAAUCAGUCUUAUUGGGCCUUCAUUUUUUAAGCGGGCUGCAGAUAAUCUUGAGGGAGCUACUGUAUUUGAGUAUAGGCAUUGUGGGACGAAUUAAUCAAUGCGGCAUCUUCCUAUUUGGUGACUUUUGGUUAAAGUUCACUACAUGAUGUCUUGUUCUCAUAGCAUUCCUGCCACAAAGGCUAGUCAAAUUCUCAAGUAAGAGUUUGGCCUAGUUGAUCAAUCCUUUCGCCGAGAAGUGGAAGGCCACCUAGUUUGGAUGCGCAGAUGUGCAAUGACCUACGGUCAGCUCAGGCUCGGAUUACAGAAGGUACACAGUAAUAUUUAUACCUUGUAUGAAUCUGAUUCUAAUUCAUUAUUACUUAUGAGAAAGGAUCUGUAGGAGGAAAAUAGAGUUGUACACCAAAUACAAAGUUGUAUUACGGACACUCGUGAAUGAUCGUGAUCAUGAUAUAUAGACUUCUAUGUCUAAGAAUGUAUUUGCCUUCUACUCACAAUGAUUACAUAUAAAUGGUGCGUUUCCGGUUUCA